GAGCAGAGACAUAUAUCUGCUGACCUUUCUGCAAAUGUUGGUUAGCUACAUGUGCCGGUUCAUCCCAAAACGUUAAAUUGAUCCUACAACAAAGAGGUGUCAUGAUCUGCCUUGCAUUGUACAGUGUAGAUCCUUACAUUUUUCAGCACAAAGAUGUUACUUGCAUCAAGCAAAUCAAUUGCAAGUGUCUUCUCUAUUUUCCCAAUCCCAAUUUCAGCCAAUUUUGCCUCUUUUAAAGUGGUCCAAUUUGGUAUACAUUCCAUAACAGCCGAAGUAUCUAUUACAAGAUCGAUGAUAAUUACUGAGGUCCUCAACCGAAAUGAAUGGAAGUUUACACAUGAACAACAAUCCAUUUCAAGAUCGAUGAUAAUUAUUGGCUCAAUGUCCAAAAUCUAUGCAUUGUGUUUCAUUUAGAAUCAACAACAAUCCCAACAAAAUCAAUCCACAACAAUAAAACGCCUUAAUCUCGACAAUAUGAGGCCAACGCCCAACAAAAUCAAUCCAUUUGAGGAAAACGAAGAACCCCAAUUUACUCAUCCAAUAUUGAAACAGUAAAAACAGCUACUACCCAAUGUCCAAGGAAAAUCGAAAUAAUUUCAAAAAUGAAAACCCAAUUCAGUAUUGUCAAAACAAAGCAGUAAAACAAAAAAAAUCCUGCUUCUGCAGACCAAACCACCAUUCAAAGUGGCGGUUUUUGUGAUCCCAGGCAAAACCGCCAUUCAAAGUAGCAGUUUAUGUCAAAACAAAAUCCAGGUGAACAGCCACUUAAGCUAGCAGUUUUGUAUUUUGCAAAAAUAAAAUAAAAAAACUCAAGCAUUAAACCGCUAAUUGAAAUAGCAACUGGACUGUAUUCAGUGAAUGAAUUUUCUCUUUGAUGCACAAUGAGAAUUUUUUUUUAUAAAGGGCAAUAAUAAGGGAAAAGAUUCUAGAAUAAACGUAAAUUAGCGGGAAGCGAAGCCACUGGCAUGUGGGCAUACAUAAAUUAUAAAUACCAGGAUCGACUGUUGUCGAAGCCUUUUCUUUCAUUUCAUCCUAAGAGAGAUUUUUUGGGUUUUUCGCAACUCCUCUGUUACUACAAUCACCAUGACUAACCAGACUCAAGAAGAGAAGCUCUCGGCUCUACUCGGACAGCAAAAAAUCGAUGAUAAUAAUGAGCUGCUUAUGAUUGAGGAUAUCGACGAAGAGGAUGACAACACAGAUGAUGACAGUGAAGAUGAUGUAGAAGUGUCAAGUGAUGGAGAUGCCAGUGAUAAAUCUACGAUAAUAAGCAAGAGUGAAAAGAAGACUCGAAAAGCCAUGCGGAAGCUUGGUAUGCAUCCCAUUACUGGUGUCAGCAGAGUCACUCUCAGGAAUGAAAAGAAUGAUUUAAAAGUCAUCUCAAAGCCCGUUGUGUUCAUGUGUCCAACAACAGAAACAUAUAUCUUUUUUGGUGAGGCAACGAAAAAAGACAUAAGUUCACAACUUGAAAUUCAGCCAGCACAGCAGUUCAAGGCUCCAGACUUGAGCAAUGUCAUUUUUAAGCCUGAUAUUUCUGCAAUGGUCCAGGAUGAUGCGAAGGUUUAUGAGGCAGGACUCUUACCCAAGGACGUUGAGGAUGUCAUGACACAGGCUGGAGUUACUUGGGGUGAGGCCUUCACCGCACUCAAGGCUAACAAUGGGGAUAUCAUGGAUGCUAUUAUGGACUUGUGCUGUUGAUUACUUGAUGAGAAGUCUUUGGCUGAUGUUUUAGCUAGUCAUUUAGUGCUUACUAAAGCAUGCGUAGUGUUAGAAACCAAGUACAUACUCAUACCUCAUACCUUAACCGUAAAGUGUUUGUUUUGAGUAAUUUUUUACUCAACUCAUGCCAGUAUAUAUUGAUUCCUUUUUGAUAUGUUUUGGCUGUUGAAUUUAUUUUUGAUGUUUGAUCAGACACGCUUAGAAUGUUUUAACCUAAUUGAAAGAUUUAUACUUAUUUGUUAACUAUUGUUAAAGGUUAAGCUUAUGGACUUGUGGCGAAAGAUGUCGACUUGCAGAAAGCAUUUUCUAUGAGAAUCUUUCUUGAGCCAAAGGACUCUUUGGCUGCAUUUUUCUUUAUGAAUACGGAUUGUUGUCUUCUUUUAUUCAUAAGACUCUACUUAUAGUUUUUCCUAUAAGCGGGAUAUAGU